AUGAGUAGCUCUUGCCUCUUACCCGCUUCAGGAUUUCACGAGCGCCAGAAACUUGCUAUGUGUGCUGUUCAUGCAAUAAAUAACAUUGUUCAGUCAUCCAAGUACUCCAAAACAGAUUUUGAUUCGAUUUGUGAACAGUUGUCGCCCUUAAUAUGGUUCAAUCCGCAUCGAAGCGCUUUCAGCAUAGGAAAUUACGACGUGAAUGUUGUUUUGCUGGUUUUACAAGCAGAGAAUUGUUCUGUCCUCUGGCACGAUAGACGAGGACUAGUCACUACACACGAUCUGGAUAUCCACGAUGCUAUUCUCUGGAAUGUUCGUUCAGAGACGUGGUUGGGGCGCAUCGCUGGCUGGAGACAUUGGAUUGCACUCCGGGUACGUGACGGUUGUUGGACGAAUUAUGAUUCCCUUUUCACAGAACCACAAGAUAUUGGGAACAGCAAGCAAUGCGCAGCUUUACUCAAUUCCGAAAAAGAUGGACAUGUUCUGCUCAUACAUUUCCCGUGUACCGAGGAUUAG